AUGUCCAUAGCCUUGCAGCUUCCCUCGCGAGUUACUUUGGGCUUGCAGCGUCCGGAAGGUCGUGCAGCACUGCCGGCAACAUCAGCUCCGCUGCAAGAGUCGGGGAAACCAACUUCGACAGCACCGUCGCAGUCCUGGCGGGCGGGAGCGGCCCUGCUUGCUGGGGCAGCUUUCUUUGCUUGCCACAAGUCAAGGACCUCCAGGAGGACGAUCCGUACUGUGCUUCCAGAUGGGACGAAUGAAGAGGGAGAGGACGUGGCUCCAAUCGACAUUGCGUUGGAGGAUCUUAAGGAUGUCGUACUGUUCCAGUCCGACUACUCCCCUCCAUGUGUGAAGCUCAGGACCAUUUUCCGGUACUACAAAUUGCCUUUCCGCACAUUCAAUGCAAAGCAUCCCACAUCAGAUUACCAGAAGAUUCCUGUGCUGGUGAUGAACGACCGUCAAAUCAAUGACUCCCACAUCAUUAUGAGGAGAAUAAUUCCGUGGCUCACAGGCAAAGAAAUGACCGAUGAAGAGGUCAUGUGGGAGAAACGCAUUACGUACGAAUUUCAGCCGGCGUUCGAAGUAGAGCUGGUUGGCAACGACCGGGACCUUGCGCUGCUGUGGACCAGAGCUACUGGAUACAUCGGGGGAUGGCAGAGAGGACUCCUAGGCGUUCUGUCGCCGUUGCUAAAGUUUGCCGUCGAAGCGCUGUUCAGAUCUCGCUAUUCCGACAUGGAGCUCCCAAGUUCCAAGUUUGGCGCCAGCUUCCGUGCAGCCCUGAAAGAUCAGCCCUUCUUCCAUGGUGAAAAGCCGGGCCCCAUUGAUUUGAGCCUGUAUGGAACAUACGCUGCAUUUGCGGAGUGCAAGACCGCCGCACGCUUCCUCCAAGACAGUGGUCUGGAGGAGUGGCAUGAUCGAAUGACAGAGCUUCAGAUCGACUCUGUCAAGAAACCGACAGUCUAUGCCAUGCAAUAG